AUGCUUUCCACUUACUGCCCACAGCUCAUCCGCUCGUCAUAAUGAGGAGUGUGUACAUUACUGUCACAAUAUUGUUUUGUUUGAGCAGAACUUCCUUCGCUCCCUUUGCUGGCCCUUACAAUAUCGUCCCUUUAGAGUUAGGAAUGUGUCCCAGCUCUGAUUGCGAGUGUCCGAAAUUUACUUUCAGCAACUAUAAAAUAAGAAAGCUCAGCAGGUCGAGUUACGUUUACUCGGGGACCAUCAAUUCAACUGUUGACAUCAGCGAUGAUAUAAAGAUUGCAAUUAAUGUUUCUUCAUGGGGAAACGGCGGAUGGAAGCCGAAUUUUUUCUAUAACGAAAUGCUUGCAUGCUCUGGACUGGAAAAGUAUCUACCUGAGUUCAAACAUGAAAUGUUCUCGCGUGUCAACGCUUCUUGUCCUGCACCCGCUGGAGUUUACACGAUCGAGAAUUUGAGCUUUGUGCAAGAGAGCCCUGUCAUGCAGUCCCUUGUGUACGGAAAAUACAAGACGUGGAUAAAGGGCUACGAUAAGACAGGCAACUGUAUGGGAUGCGUGACCUUCAAUUGCAACAUCGUACCGAAACCGAAAAAAAAACAAAAUUAAAAUUAUUUUAUAUAUAUAAUAUUAUGUUUAUAUUGACGAUUGUCUGAGCUAACAUUUUUCUCGAUUAUUAUGCAAAUAAUAAAGCUAUUGUUUAAAAAAAAUACGCAUGGAUUAAAAAUUAACUAUUAAAUUAUUUCCAACCGAUAAAACUAUUUACAAGUGAACGCAAUAUAUUCACUAGUAUUAACAAACUAAAUCAAUAAAAACUGAAUAAUUAAUAGGUGUUUUACAAACCAGAGAACUCAAAUCGAGGAAAACGUAGAAAUUGAAGGGAUAAUUUAAUAUAUAGUUGA